UAUUUUUCAGGAUCUCGCGGGAUCGGGAAACAAAAGAUUACGCUUUGAUCAGUUCAAUUAUUUUUUUCUGAAUAUGAGUGAAGAAGACAGUGGAAGUAGUGCAGAAAUGCAGAGCGAAGAAGCUACCGUUGCCAUGGAAGAAGAGGUAUUGUCUGCAGAAGACAAAUCCUCGGAAGAAACUGAAGAAGGAUCUCAAGCAAACGAGGAAGAAGUUGAACCGGAGUCCGAUGUGGUGGAGAAAUCGGAGGAAACUCAAGAAGCGAGCAGUGAGGAAAACUCGAAGGAAUAUCCUGCUACAGAGGUCGACAGUAAACAGAAGACCGACGGAGAAACUCUCGUCACGCCUAACGGCGAAGUCGUUGUUCAGCUGAUGGACGAAGAGAAUGGACAAACGGAAUCUUUUGUCGCUAGCAAUAGCCUACCUGGCCAGGUGGACGACUACGACACUGAUGAGCCAGCUUUAUUGUUGACUGACCGAGGAAAGCUGUACGUUUGUAUCUUUUGCGGCAUGGUGUCGCUGUAUGUUGCACACAUCCGAACGCACUUGCGGGGAUGCAAGCUGAAAUACGAAGUUCCACAGUUGACAAUCCCUGUUCUGGAGAGUAUCCUAAGUCUCAUCAACAACGCGUUGAAGGGUGAUGAGGCCGUUGAAGAUCAUGAAAUAGUUGAAGGCGCGGAUUCUGAAAAGGUGAAGGAAAUCGUCACCGAGGCAGUGCAAUGUUUGCAGCGAAAAACAGAGAAGAGAAAGCGGUCUUGCGCAUAUUGUUGCAAAAUUUUCUAUUCUACUCAUGCGCUCAAAAAGCAUAUGGAUGAAUUGUGCGACAUGAGACCCGAGUCAGAUUCUGACGAUGAGCUGAAAACAGACCCAAGCGGAGAUUUCACGGUUCUUCCGUUGACAAUCACCCCUUUGGGGGACGUUUGCGAAUGCGACCAUCAGGACGAAUUCACUAGAGCUGCAGACAUGUUGGUUGAGAAGCUGCUGAAAAAGUCGAAUGAGAUCUACUUUCAAGGAGUCUGCAACAACAUAUUCAAGGUGGAAGCGGGUCGGCGGAAACGCCCGAAACCGACCGGAAACGAUGAAGGAAACGAGAAACAAAGCAAACCGGAUGUGGAAGUAGAUGAGAACGGAGACCCGUGUGGGAAAUUCCCGUGUCCACUGUGUAAAGUCGUGCUGUUCGAGUCGCAUAAGCUUGAUGAGCACUUGAAGGGCCACACAAUGAAGGGCUCACGGGCUUUGUGCGACUUUUGCCAAAAUGUUUUUGCCUAUGAGGACCUGAAAAUUGUGGAUAAGAAUAUGCCGAUGAGACUGGACAGGGCCGAUGUUUCCAUCCCGAUGCCAGUCGUGGAUGUUUUCGUGUGCAAUGACACGAUAAUUGACGAAGAGAUUUUCCAACUGUGGAUAGACGGACACAAUGUUUCUGCUGCUGCGAAACUCUUGGGCUCUGACAGCACGGAAGGGUUUCCUGAUGCCGAAACGAUUUUGUCGGAUGUGGAAGAUCACUAUAGAAUGUUCGCCAUUUUGGAACCAGUGUUGCAUUCUCCUAGACGACUCGGAGACCAGCUCAAGUUUCAAAUACGUCUUGAAACCCAAAGCUAUCUUUUGCAAAAAUAUUACGAGUUGGACGACGUAGUCAUACGCGAAAUCAUGGGCAAGAAGUUUUCGGCGAGGAUUCGUAAAGAUCUGGACGACGUUAGUGUCAAGAUAUCGAUCCCUUUGCCGUCCUGUCGUCGCCAGUUUGACAACGUCAAAUUGAUCUAUAAAACCGUGGAGGAAAUGAGUGGCUGUGUCAAGGACAAUAUUCAAAGGGAAUUUUUGCUUCCGGAACCUUUGGCUUUUCGAUAUGCGGCGGUGGUGUUCUUCACUUUCAACCGAUUUGAAACUUCGAAGCGGAAGUUGCAUUCCGUCGGAUUCGAACGGUUUGCAGCUUGUGCCAAAGCCAUGAUGGACACUUGGACGGACUUGGAGAUGGACACCGAUUUCUUCAUGGAUUUGAAAGAGCUCCGCGCGUUGCAAGAACGAGAAAAGGAUUUGCGGAGGUGAGACUUGUUUUUGUCACUCGAAAGGGGCUUGAUGAAAAGCG